AUUUACAUUUGGGACCUUUAUUUUGGAAUGGUCUUUACGGUUCCUGUUGUUGUGACGCCAAUGACGUAAAAUCGUAUUUGAAGCGCUUUCUUCACGCUGCUCUCACGUGGAAACCUAAACAUGGAGAAUUCAAGCACAGAGAGCGUAACUGAUGGCCAGAAUCCAGAUCAAGAAUCUGAAAAAGAGAAAAUGGAAUUGGAUAUUAAUAAUACACAGUUUCAGACUGAAACCACAUGUGAUCAGAACUUUGAUUCUCAACUUGGACCAACAGAUGAGCCAUGCACCAGUGGUCAGUCUGAACAACUAGGAGAUCAGUGCAGCAGAGGUCAGCUUGAACCACCAUUGGAAUCAUUUACAAGUGAUCAGUCUGGACUGAAAAGGGAUCAGAGCUCCUGUAGCGAACUUGGACCAACAGCAGAACCUUUUACCAGGGAUCAGACUGAACAAACAGGAGAUCAGGGCACUGGUGGUUCAUCUGGACUGACAGCAGACCACUGCACCAGCAUUCAAUCUGAUAAAACUGGAGAUCAAAGCUCAAGUGAUCAGCUUGAGCCAACAGGAGAACUUUCUUCCAGCAAUCAGUCUGGACUGGCAGGGGAUCAGAUCUCCAGCAUUCAGACUGGACCUGAAGAGAUCCGGAGUGGAAUUGUGGUUACUCCACACUCUGGGACUGGAUCAUUGGGUCUGCUGAGCAUGCAGUACAGAGGAAACAGUUCAGAUGACAAUUGUUCAGACAGGUAAAAUAAGAGGACAUGA